AUGUUUGAGCUUGGUAUUCAAAGAAUCCCCAAACUUCACAGGCGUAACAAGGAAUUUGGGGGACAUAAGGGUACAAGAAGCCCCAAACUUCACAGGCGUAACAAGGUAUUUGGGGGACAUAAGGGUACAAGAAGCCCCAAACUUCACAGGCGUAACAAGGUAUUUGGGGGACAUAAGGGUACAAGAAGCCCCAAACUUCACAGGCGUAACAAGGUAUUUGGGGGACAUAAGGGUACAAGAAGCCCCAAACUCCAAAUGCGUAACAAGGUAUUUGGGGGACAUAAGGGUACAAGAAGCCCCAAACUCCACAGGCGUAACAAGGUAUUUUGGGGACAUAAGGGUACAAGAAGCCCCAAACUCCACAGGCGUAACAAGGUAUUUGGGGGACAUAAGGGUACAAGAAGCCCUAAACUCCACAAGCGUAACAAGGUAUUUGGGGGACAUAAGGGUACAAGAAGCCCCAAACUCCACAAGCGUAACAAGGUAUUUGGGGGACAUAAGGGUACAAGAAGCCCCAAACUCGACAGGCGUUACAAGGUAUUUGGGGGACAUAAGGGUACAAGAAGCCCCAAACUCCACAAGCGUAACAAGGUAUUUGGGGGACAUAAGGGUACAAGAAGCCCCAAACUCCACAAGCGUAACAAGGUAUUUGGGGGGCAUAAGGGUACAAAAAGCCCCAAACUCAACAAGCGUAACAAGGAAAUAGUGAAUGUGUCAGUAACCGGAGCUCAAAUGUCCCGUAUACACGACCUGCUAUGCAAGAAGGUGGUAAAGACAUUUCUCCUUAUGCUUACUUUAGGUCAUCCUUAA